CAGGGAAGCCGCCUUCCCACGUGCUGAGAAACUUAUCCCCGUUGAAAAGUCCACGACAGCUACACGUGGUUGAACGAUUUUCUUUACAGAAAUUUUACGGGUGCUUGCUUCGCUGGUAUAGAGGCCUGCUACUAUGAUAUAAGACAGGGUGACAGCUUGUCAUCGGUUUUGUCAAACGGAUUUUUCUGGUGAAUUAAUUUUAAAGAACUUUGUGGUUCAAAAAUGCUGUGUCAGGUGGUUUUUCUGACGCUUUGCUGGAAAGUUGGACUUAUAUAUGGUGAUAUAUCAGUAAGAGGACCGUCCUUCGAAUAUGAGCCACCGUCCCGGGUGGACUUCGACAACUCAACAGGAGCAGUUGUCCGAUGUUCAGCCAAAGGUCAACCGAUACCAGACAUUUGGUGGGAGACAAAGAAUGGAUCAGCUGUCCGAGAAAUUCCUGGUCUGCAGCAUCUACGACCGGAUGGAUCUAUGGUGUUUGCCCCCUUUGCACCCAUUCAGUACAGAAGGGAAGUCCACGACGCCAAUUAUAGAUGCGUUGCAGCGAAUGUGGCUGGCAGAAUUGGAAGUCGUGAAGUUAAAAUAAGAGCAGUUCUUCAAGACUACAAAGUGACUGCCUACGACGCCGAGUUCAUCAUCAAAGGCAACGUGGCCCUCCUCCGCUGCGAUAUAUCGGGAAACGGAAAAGAGUAUGUCUUUGUAACGUCAUGGUUGAGAGACGAUGGUCUUACCAUUUCAUUAAAUGACAAUAAUGGAAAAUAUGCUGUAUUCCCUACCGGCGAAUUCCAUGUGCGCCAUGUUGACGAAGCCGACACACUUCGAAAGUACAGAUGCCAGGUCCAUAAUAAACUGAGCAGAGAAACAAAACUCAGUGACCAGUGGGCAAAAAUUAUUAUGACAGAGCCCCAUGGAUCGGUACCCCCAAGAAUCGUCCACUGGAGACGAGACAUUCAAGAGCAGAACGGAGAAACAAUAUGGCUUCCAUGUGUAGCUCAUGGCUAUCCAGUUCCAUCUGUUCGGUGGUACAGACAAGAUUCGAGUAUCAUGACAUCAUUUACGAAUAAUCACAAGAUCACAGAGCAGGAAGGCAUGCUGGUUAUUCACAGGGCCACUCUUCAAGACAGCGGAAAAUAUGUUUGCGUCGUUAACAACAGCAAAGGGCAGGAGCAGGUCCAUACUGUUUUAACCGUUAGAGAUAGUCUCCGAGCUUCCAUUAGUCCUUCUCAUACCAUUGUCACAGUGGGCACAUCUUUAUCUUUGCGUUGCGAAGUUUCUGGUUCUCCAAUAUUAUACUUGAAAUGGAAGAAAAAUUUAAAGCCUUUAGUCCUGGACAAUCGGAUAAGGCAGCAAAGCAAUAACGUGUUAGAAAUCGCUAACGUAAGAUUAGGAGACGAAGGCAUGUAUCAGUGCUUCAUUUACAAUAGUGAUGAAUCAGCACAAGGAAGCUCGACUGUGCUUAUACAAGCUGACCCACCUGUCAUUAUAUCCCGUUUUGAAGAACAAGUCGUCAAUCCUGGCCAUCCAGUAUCCCUCCGAUGCAUAGCCAAAGGUCAUCCAUUACCCAAAAUAACAUGGACCGCCGAUGGAGAAAGCAUUCCAUCCUCCACUCGUUUGCGGUUGGGAGAUUUUGUCACACAGGAUGGUAGCGUUGUCCACAGCUUCCUCAACAUCAGCUCAGUAGAAGUUGCAGAUGGCAAGGAAUAUGCUUGCAACGCCGAGAGCGAUUUUGGGAGAGCUUUCCACCAAGCAAAACUGAAUGUGCCAUCUUCGCCAGUGGGACGUCCAUUUCAAAAUAAAACUGCUUUAGUUGGGCAAACAGCUAUAUUUGUGUGCCCAGUUGCAGGAUAUCCUCUCACGCAUUUUGCAUGGGAAAAAGACGGAGAAAGCCUGCCCAAUAGCCAUCGACAUGAAGUCAGACCUAAUGGAAAGAUCGUGAUUCAUUACGUUGAGAAAAAUACAGAUGACGGUACCUAUUGGUGUACUGCUGGUAACAAUCGUGGAGUUUCUGCUAGGGGAAGAAUUGAUGUCCAUGUCGUCGCUGGACCUGUAGUGGAUCCUUUCAACUUUCCCGAGAACCUCCGAGAGGGUCGUCGAACCAGCUUAACGUGCAUGGUGUCAGCAGGCGAUCCCCCCAUUUCGUUCCGUUGGGAGAAAGAUGGGGAGCCCAUACAACCUGCCCUAUUGGAUGUGAAUGUGGAAUACAUCAACCAAUACACGUCCACUCUAUUCUUCGAAAAGGCGUCUCAAAAGCACAAUGGAAACUACACUUGUAUAGCUUCCAAUCUCUAUGCCUCGGCUAAUCACACGGCGAGUCUCACACUCAAUAUUCCGCCUAGAUGGAUAAUUGAGCCGAAAGAUGUUGAAGUGGUUCAAGGUAGUUCUGUUCGUGUAGAUUGCCAAGCCGAAGGAUAUCCAAGGCCAAUUAUUCGGUGGAAACAAUUAGUUGGAGCACAUGGAAAUCCUGAGUCCUUUCAAACUAUCAUGAGCAGUGCACGAAUGCAAGUCCUUGAAAAUGGAUCUCUUCUCAUCUUAGAGGCAAGUCCAAACGAUGGUGGAUCGUUUCUGUGUCAAGCAUUCAACAGGAUAGGUCCAGGAUUAAGCAAAAUGCUAACGAUCACCGUACAUGUUCCAGCCCAUUUCAAAACGAAGUUCAACGCUCAGAAAGCAAAGAAAGGCGAUCAAGUGAAUCUGAACUGCAAAGCCCAGGGGGACAGGCCCAUAACAAUUACGUGGUAUAAAGAUGGCGAGCUCCUCGGCAAUGAAACAAUACCCAGAUACAGUAAAAGGCAGUACGAUCAUCAUGACGGACUGACUUCUCAGCUGAGUAUCCACUCCGUUAGAAGGGAGGAUUCUUCAGUGUUUUCCUGCAGAGCAACAAACCGUUACGGGCAUGAUGAUUCAACAGUGGAGCUAGUUGUCCAAGAGCCACCGGAUCAUCCGACUCAGCUAGAAGUCAUCCAUAUUUCAAGCAGGAGUGUGCAUAUCCGAUGGGCGAUGCCUUUUAAUGGAAACAGUCCUAUUCUUAGGUUUCUAGUAGUGACGGAAAACACAAAAGGAAACCCAGAUUCUAACAUUGUGACGACAGAUAUAUCUGGAAGUCAAACAGAUACAACUAUAAGAGGCUUAAAACCCAGAACUACGUAUAAUUUGCAUGUAUUGGCGGAAAAUGCAAUCGGUAGAAGUACCAGAAGCAAAAUACUGACUGUCACAACUGAUGAUGAAGUACCACGUACACCUCCUCUGCAAGUGAGAGUGGCUCCUCUUAAUUCAAAUUCUUUAAAAGUUUCUUGGAGGCCACCGGAAGAAGCAAAUGACGGUGGAGGCUCCAUAACUGGCUACUAUGUUGGUUACAAAGCAGCUAAGAGUGGAGGUCAGUAUCUCUUCAAAACAUUGAAAGUAACUGAUGAUUUUGAAAACGAAUGUGUCCUCACCAACUUGAUGAGCUCUACAGAAUACAAUAUAGUUGUUCAAGCCUUCAAUGAAAAAGGUCCUGGCCCUCAGUCUGAUGAAAUCGUUGCUCAGACGUCAAAAUUCGAUCCUCCAAAGAGUCCACCAGUAAAAGUUUCUAAAUCAACAACAAAUUCUAUUCAAAUCCAGUGGGAAAGUUCUGAAGAUGUAGAAGGCUACCUCGCAUACAUACGAGAGGAAAACGAAGACUGGAAAGAAGCCACGCUACCGCCAGAUGUCACCAGUUAUAACUUCGAAAAUCUGAAAUGCGGAAGUGCUUAUCAAAUUUACAUGGUCCCUUUCGCAUCGGGAGGGAAAGGAGAAAGAAGCCAAAUAUUAUCCGUGAAAACAGAAGGAAGAGGACCAUCUUCACCACAGAAGGACCAUUUUCUGCAAGUGAAUGCUACUUCUGUCACAGUAUUUCUUUCAGCAUGGGAUGAUGGUGGAUGUCCGAUUCUUCAGUACUUUCUUCGCUACAGAGCUCAAAAUGAGCAGCAAUGGACAGAAAUCCCAGUGUUAAACCACAGACCAAGAGCAUUCAUCACGGGACUGAAUCCAGGACAGUGGUACAAACUGGUUGCUGGUGCUAGAAAUAGCGCAGGCAAUAAGGAAGUGGAAUUCGACUUCUUAACGAGGAGGAUAGAUGUUGGGAAGUCGCAAGGUAUUGGACAUCCACCGCUUGUAGUUGCUGAGUCGUCAGCAAUGGAACUUCAGAGGCGUGUCGCUGUAAUAACAUCAGCUGUAUGCUCAGCAGUAGUUCUAGUUGUAAUUCUAAUAGCAGCAUGUGCUGUUCUUACUAGACGGCGAAGGCAAAGGCCAGAAGGUCAUGAUUCAGGAGCUGAUCGCAGAAGCACGGGUGAAAUACAGAAAUCAGAAACAGUUGCCCUUAGUGCUUGGGAAAAACGACCUCGAGCUGAUUCAUCCCACCGAGGUUCUCAAUGCAGAGAAUCUCUCUAUCUUCCCUGCCCUUAUGCCACUGCCAGACUCUCACAGUUCUCGGUAGAUGGCGACACUGACGGCGUCCACCAUUCUGUAGCAUUGACAGGAAAUGAACAUUCAUAUGACGUGCCUAUUCAAGUAGUCAGCAAGCUGCACUAACAUUGAAUUGCUCGUGUAAUGUAAAGUGUAUAUAACUGAUGAUGGAUUUAAUUUAAUGUAUAUAUAUUAUCGUAAUUGUUUCUAUAAUGGAACUGUAUUUUGGUGAAAGUGUUUUGUGAGCUACAUACACAGAUAUUCAACUUUAAAUAAUUAAUAUCCCAGGUAUAUUUAAGAAAAGGUUAUUGCAUAAGAAUUUACUGAAAUAAUUUAAUAGUUGUCUAAACUGUUUUAGAAGGGAAAAAAACCCAGUUUUAUAAUUACAUGAGAACAGAAAAAUAGAAUUGUUGUUUAAUUUUUCCUAAUUUCGAAUUUUUUUUCAAUACAACUUUUAUAUAUGCAGACAGAUUUUAAAUAUUUUCUUCCUUUAAUGUGAGCACAUUUUGAAUGAAAUAAUAUUCAUUAUUGCCUAUAUUUUCAUAAGAAAAGUAAUAAAAAGCUAACUUAUAUCUCAUGGAAAGAUUAUGAGGCAGGUAAUAUUCUCUAUACAAAGGACACUUUUCAAGACAACCCUAAAAUUAAUUAAAAAUGAAAUAUAAUAAGAUUUGGACAAGUUACAAUUAUUUUGAUGAUAGUAACAUUUGCAUUAUUUUCUAGAAAUUAUCUCAAAAAGGGACUAUAUUAUUCGAAAA